AUGGGUCAGUAUAUAUAAGACAAAUUAACAAGAUAUUAAUGCUUGAUUUUCAAGAACUUAUAUUUUGUCAACAUUCACUAAUUCAUGGAAGAAAGCAAAGCAACUCCAUUUAGAUUCACAUGGAGAAUUAACAACUUUUCCAAAUUGACUGAAAAAAAACUGUAUUCGGAGGUUUUCUGUGCUGGUGGUUGUAAUUGGCGUUUGCUUAUUUUCCCCAAAGGAAACAAUGUGGAUUUUUUGUCAAUAUACCUGGCUGUUGCUGAUUCAACAAGUUUGCCACAAGGAUGGAGUAGAGAUGCAAAAUUUAGCUUGGCAGUUGUUAACCAAUUCAAUAACACGUCCACAGUCAGAAAAGACACAAAACAUGUAUUCAAUGCAUUGGAAGACGAUUGGGGUUUCACAUCUUUCAUUCCUCUUAGCAAAGUGAAAAAUCCUGCAGAAGGGUAUCUUGUGGCCGAUACCCUUAUAGUUGAAGCUGAGGUUCUUGUUUAUAGCGUCCAACAUUACUCAAGGCUUGACCCCAAAAAGGGAGUAGCUAGUAGUGAAACAAAACUAUCUGAACCAGUGGCUGCACCGCCAACAAAACAGGUUCCUUUAUCACAGAAGGAAAUAUUUGACACUGAAGCAAAGGUUGUACCACCAACUGUUACUGAAACUCCUUUAACAACUAAACCAUUGAAGGAGACUAAAGAACCCAUUCAAACUACUACUGCCACCGGUGAUCAAGAAGUCAUCAAGUCAUCGCAACCUCCUUCAAAGACUGCUGAGACAAUGAUUCCUCCAAAGGCAGAACCUCCUCCACAUGUUGUUAAGACAAAACUUCUUCCAAAAGAUCCUCCUGAGGCUAGAAAAUCUUCUCCAGAUGUGCAUACAAUAUCUAAGGGUCUUCAAACAGAACUUUCCAACAGGACUAGAACUCAGAGAUCUCCUUCGAGCAGUGAAAUCUCCAUGUCAAACCAAGCACCUAAUCCUGAAGUUGUGCAGAAACAAAAGGAAACAUUAGAAGGGUACUUUAAUAUGCCUUUGGAGGCUAUACAGCAAGCUAAUGCCUAUGGCAGCAUUGAGGGAAUUAUCAAUGCACUCAUUCAAAAUAGUAAUGAUUUGCGUGAGAAGACAAUUCUUGAAGAUCUUCUCUCUCGCUUGGCAGAAUUUAAAGAGAGUAUUCCAGCGGCUGCAACCAUUGCGGAAGCUGCUCAAGCUCGCAGAACAUCUCUUUCGGGGAAGACCACUGAUCUAGAUGCAAGAUUGGCACAAAGACAAAAGAAACUAAGUUUCUUGGAGACUGAAUUCUCAAGACUUUCAAAAGAAGAAGAAAAACUAGAGGCUCAAAUUCAACUCUUAAUUACCCAGAAGGAGAAAAUUGUCGCUAACAAGAAGCAUGUUUUAGCUGACUUAGAGAAAAACAAUGAAGACGCUACAAAAGAUUUAGAAGAAUGGCGAAAUCUGGAAAGUGAAAUCAAGCAGGCGAAUGUCGAUUGGCUUGGAGCAAAAGAGAAACUAGCAUUAGCUAAUGUCCGUUGGAAACUCUUCAAGGAGGAUUUGGGUCUUGGAAAGCUUAACAUUUCGUAAUCACUUUUAUGUUGUUAAUUCCUUGGAUUUCUUAUAUUAUAUUAAUGGUCUCAUAAUUCAUCGCAAUUUGGCCGUGUAAUUAAGUGUACUUUAAUUUUA